ACGUAUAUUUGUCUCACUUUAAUAUAUUGUACCAGUUCAGCAGUACAGUUAUAAAGAACAGGCCUUAUUAUAUUUAAAUGAGGUUCUCACAUUUGUUAGAGUUCGAGUUCGAGUUUUUUUAAUUCAUCGGUGGAUCCAUCGAUGAAUUAAAAAACUCGCCCUUACUCAUUUCAAUGCUUGUUAAUAAUGGAGAGGAUUCUCUAUCUUGGUGCCAUUAAAUUAAUGAAGUAUAUACUACCACAAUGAGUGAGGAAUACAUAGUGAAAACUAUCUUACAUGCAGGAACAAAAACUAUUAAUUUUAUACCAGGAACAAAGGUUAUGUUUCAUUUUAAAACUACAAAAUGUGAUUCUGGCAAAAUAGUAAUAGAUGACAGCAGGACAAUGGGAAAUCCUAUGGAACUGGUAUUAGGAAAAGAAUUCAAACUUGAAGUAUGGGAAGCAAUUGUACAAAAAAUGGCAUUAAAUGAAGUUGCUUGUUUUAAAGUGCAUAAAAGCCUAGUGACUGCAUACCCUUUUGUGUCUAAAACAUUAAGAGAGGCUAACAAGCCACAAUCAGAAAAGCGUAAUCAUCAUUGCUGUGGUGUUACUCUACAAAAUGAAGGAAUUGGUUAUGCUGAUUUAAAUGAACUUAUAAAAUGUCCUCAAGACCUAGAAUUUACAAUAGAUAGAACAAAAAUAUAUUUGAAGAUGAAGCUAGUAUCACGAAAUGUAGAUAAGGAUGGAGAAGGAAGCGUAGCUCUUGUUCCUGAGAAUACAGAAGAUAUGUGGCAUGCCUAUAAUCUCAUUAGCGAAGGAGAUUUUGUAAGCUGUUCUACUAUUAGGAAAGUGCAAAUGGAAUCUGCAACUGGUAGUUCUAACAGCUAUAGAGUUAGAACUACUCUUAAAAUAAGUGUAGAAAACAUCGACUUUGAUACACAAGCAUGUGUUCUAAGACUUAAAGGUAGAAAUGUGGAAGAAAAUAAAUAUGUUAAGAUGGGAGCAUAUCACACACUGGAUGUAGAGCAAAAUCGAAAGUUUAUUAUUACUAAAGCAAAAUGGGAUUCGAUCUCUUUGGAAAGAGUUGAUACUGCAUGUGAUCUUGCACAGACUGCUGAUGUAGCUGCUGCUAUUAUGCAGGAAGGUAUAGCACACAUUUGUUUAAUAACUUCCAACAUGACAAUAGUUCGUGCAAAGAUUGAUCAAGUUAUACCAAGAAAGAGAAAAGGAAACGUUUCGCAACAUGAAAAGGGUUUAACACGAUUUUACGAAAGCAUCAUGCAAGGCAUAUUAAGACACAUCAAUUUUGAUCUGGUGAAAUGUGUUAUUCUUGCCAGUCCGGGUUUCGUGAAAGAUCAGUUUAUGGAUUACAUGGUACAGCAAGCUGUUAAAUCGGAUAAUAAACUUAUCUUAGAAAACAAAAGUAAAUUUUUGCUAGUUCAUGCUAGUUCGGGUUUUAAACAUUCUUUGAAAGAGGUAUUGGGCGACUCUGCUGUAAUCUCUCGAAUUUCUGAUACUAAAGCAGCAGGAGAAGUGAAGGCUCUAGAAGCAUUUUAUACUACUCUACAAACAGAUCCUGCUAGAGCAUUUUAUGGUAAAAAACAUGUUGAGAAAGCUGCUGCUGCUCAAGCAGUUGAAACCUUACUUAUAUCGGAUAAACUGUUCAGAUGUCAAGACAUUAGAUUAAGAAAGGAAUAUGUUGAAUUGGUUGAAAAUGUCAAAGACUUAGGUGGUGAUAUCAAGCUAUUUUCAAGUCUACAUGUCUCGGGUGAACAAUUGGAUCAGCUGACUGGAAUAGCAGCUUUAUUACGUUUUCCUAUGCCAGAAUUAGAAGAUGAGAGUGAUGACGGUAGUGAUUUGGAAAAUGAUUAGAAAAGCUAGUGAUAUGUUACUAUGCAAUUUUGUAUAUACUUAUGUUGUGCGCAAUCAAAACACAUAUUAAUAAUAAAAAAGAAUGAUAAUCUUUGUAUUUAUUUCACAAA